GCCAGACGCUCAGGACCGAUGAGUAUGUUCUCCAAGGAUCCGCAUUGUGCGACUUUGCUAUUCCUUUCGCAGAACAAGCAUCUUCUCAGCCAUUAUGAACGAAGGCGAAGCUAGCCAUCUUCCACUAAUACGAAGUCCUUUCGUACAACCUGGCGAGCAGAAAUACCACCACCAUGAGCACCACCACCACAAUAGCGACGAGGAAUCUCAUCCAGGCAAGCCCAAGAUCGAGAGAAGCGACACGAUCUCAAAACCAGCAUUUCGGCGCUUCGCCCAGGCUUCGCAUUCAGAACUCUUCUACGACCUGUUCUUCGUCGCCAAUUUGACUGUUUUCACAUACGUCCACGAAAUCAACGAUGGCGACAGUCUCCGACAGUACAUUGGCUUCUUCUGUCUGCUCUGGUUCACUUGGUACCAGGUCUCAUUGUACGAUGUGCGACUCGCAAUGGACUCUGCAUUCGAAAGAGUGUGCAAAGCAGUUCAGCUACUUGUGCUAAUCGUCUUCGCUGUCUGCGGCCCCAAGUUCAACCCUGGCGAGGAAUCGAACGACGACACGCCAGAGACACCAAAUCUGAACUAUUUCCAAGGCAUGACGAUUGCACUCAUGAUUAGUCGGCUUGUGCUGGUCCUGCAAUAUCUUCAAGCUCUGUGCUUUGCCAGAGAAUACAAGAAAAGUAGGCUGCCGAUCGUGUUCGUCCCUCUCACAUACUUUGUCGCAGCAAUGGUCUAUCUCGGACUAUUCUGGGGCCUACGAGCGGUGGAUGUCAACGGCGACAACCACACCUACUGGACGUGGUACGGCAUGGCUGUCCUCGAGACCAUCAUCAUAACCGGCAUCUCCAUGAGAUACCGGAACUUGUCCUUUGAGGGCACGCACUUGGUCGAACGAAUGUCUCUGUUGACAUUGAUCAUUCUCGGAGAAGGCGCAAUUGCAACAGCCAAAGCCUGCCAGUACAUCGCGUACUCAGAUGGAGUAUUCACAUUCUCCGGAUCUGUCGGCGCAUCAAUCUUCUGCGCAGUCCUGAUCCUCUACUUCCUCUACAUGAUCUACUUUGACUUCCAGAAUGAGGAAUACUCUGGCACGAUCCGCACACAAAUCUGGUCCGCUCUCCACUUCCCUCUCCACCUGGCUCUGGUGCUAGCUGUCGAAGACGUAUCACAAAAUAUCAUGUGGAACGCCGCUGUCGUCAAAUCUAAGUCCCUGGGCGUGGAAGUCUUUGGAAAACUUCCUCUAUUCUUGGACAGCUCAAAUGCCACAGCGCAAGACUUUGCCGAUGCAGCUACGAGCCUGAACGCAACCGCCCAUGAUUUGAUCACCACACAACUCCAACGAAGCACGAGCUCCCUCAGCACGUCGCAAGGCCUUGGCUACCUCGGCCAGGUCGUCAUAUCCGCCACACCAACCAUCGCCAACGGUACCGAGGACUUCACAGCUGCCGGAAUGCCUUCUGGUGGAUUUCUGCCGUCCUCUACUCCACCGUUUUCAAGAUCGCCGGCUUUGAUCGUCGUGAUACAUACGAGACGCAGGACAGAGCGCUGGAAUACGCUGAUGCGCCCAUUGACUUUACCAAAUAUGAGCCUGAGUACUGGCAACGUCAAGCUGGGGAGAACAUCGAUGCGGGAUGGACAGUGUUCUCACUCACAUUCACCUACUUCUUCGUGUCGAUUGGGCUGGCGGUUAUGUUGCUCGCGGCUCUGGCAUGGUUGA